CCCCCCGGCUCUCGCCCAGCUAGCAGGAUGGCUGAGAUGACCACGGCUCCCAGCGUGACGCCCACCGUCGCAAACCAGCCCGGCGACUACCACAACUGGACGGAGCUGUUCCAGCUCCUCAACUACACCUUCACCUACUGCGAGUUCAGCCUGGAUGAGAACGUCAAGCGGGUCGUCCUCUUCAUCCUCUACCUGGUCAUCUUCGUGGUGGGCUUGGUGGAGAACCUCCUCGUCCUCUGGGUCAACUGGCAGACCCGGCGCAACAGGAGCUUGGUGAACCUCUACAUCAUCAACAUGGCCAUCGCCGACCUCGGGGUGCUGCUCUCGCUUCCCAUCUGGAUGCUGGAGGUGAUGCUGGAUUACACCUGGCUCUGGGGCAGCUUCCUCUGCCGCUUCACCCACUACUUCUAUUUUGCCAACAUGUACGCCAGCAUCUUCUUCCUCACCUGCCUGAGCGUGGAUCGCUACGUGUCCUUGACGUCCUCCUCCGCCUUCUGGCGUAGGCACCAGCACCGCGCGCGCCGCAUCAUCUGCGGCUGCAGCUGGGUGCUGGCGGCCACCAUCCCCUUCCUGGAGGUCACUCACAUGCAGCUGGUCAACACCGGAGACCCCGUGUGCAUCUUCCUGGCCCCCUUCGAGACCUACGACGAGUGGGCGCUGGCCGUCAGCUUCGCCACCACCACCAUCGGCUUCCUCAUCCCCUUCCCCAUCAUCGCCGUGUUCAACGUGCUCACGGCCAGACACGUCAAGCGCGCCAAGGCGGUCACGGGGAAGCACUGCGCGCUCAUCUACGCCUACAUCGCCGUCUUCCUGCUCAGCUGGCUGCCCUUCCACGUGCUGCUCACGCUGCUGGCGCUCGACGGCAGCCACCUGGCCCUGCGCUGCCCCUUCGCCCACUUGCUCUACUUCUUCUACGACGUCGUCGACUGCUUCACGCUGCUCCACUGCGUCCUCAACCCCGUGCUCUACAACUUCCUCAGCAAGCGCUUCCGCGGCCAGCUCGUCGCCGCCGUGGUCAAGUAUCUCCCGAAGGAGCGCGGGGGCGGCCGCGGCGCCCGCGGCUCCUCCUCCAGCACGCAGCACUCCAUCGUCAUCGCCAAGGACGGCACCGCGGCGCCCACCGAGCGCCCGGCUCCCUGA